ACACAUCAUAAAUCGAUGCAGGACGAGACUCCAGGGUCUAGGAUAGAGAGACAGAGGGAGAGAGAGAGAGAGAGAGAGGAACUACUGGGGUCCAUGUUUCAGACGGGGGUUAGCUAGCUAGAUGAUUCUCGCUGGCUGUUUCGUACACCCUUCUCUGGAGCUGGAUACAGGACUGGGAGCAGAGCCGUCUGGGAUCAGAUCAAAGACCCACAGGUCUGAGACUCACCGACAAAGACCCCUUUGUUACCUCACAAUGGCAGCCGCUCCCGCGGUAACCGUCACCGCGAUGCUGGUUGUUGUCAUGGUGUUUGUUGCUCCAACAUGUGGAAUGAGUAACGAGCUGGACUACGGGAACUGGAACUACAGGGAAGGAGCGGAGAGCGUGGACGUGACCUAUGUGCGGAGCGUCACGCGAGUGCUGGACUCCUGGGGCAAGAAGAUCUUCAACGAGAUCAAGACCCUGCUGCACUCACAGCGCGCUCUCCUCCCCGACUACUCCAGGGUCCGCCCUCUCUCCGAGUCCCUCAACGACCUGUUCCGAGAAGUCUUGCACUUGCAGAGGCGCAUCACCGACCUCAACCAUCGCCUAGCAACCCUGGAGCCUGUCCUCCGUCGCUACGGAUACCGCACGCGAGGGGAGGAGGAGGAUGAGGAUGAGGAAGAGCAGCAGCAGCAGCAGCAGCAGGAGGAGAUGAUGAUGGGAAUAGAGGAGGGGAGAGGGAGAGAGAGACGGAGGGAGAGCGGAGGAGAGGGGAGCAACACGGUGCCGCUGGCGUCCCGGGGUGGGCACACCAGGGGCGGCGGAGCGGGCGGCAGCCUGGCGCGGCAGCCCACCCGCAGGUACACCGUCAGGACGGUGCGGCCGGUGAGGCGGGUGGUGCGCACCAGGAGGGUGAGGGUCUACAAGGACAAGGAUGGGAGGGUGAGGGUGCUGGAGAGUGAUGCUGGAGAGAGAUAGAGAGAGAAGAGAGAGAGAGAGGGAGGGAGACUGAAAGGAGUGGGUGAGAGGGGGAGUGUGUGUGUGUGUGUGUGUGAGAGAGAGAGACUGAAAGAAAUGAGUGA